AUGACAUCAGCCCAAGAGACUUCUCGCCCGACUCCCUCGAUCGAGCCGUCCCUGUCCUACGCCUUGUCCGCGCCCUCGCCCUCGCCCUUGUCCUCUCCUGACUCCUCGGCCAUUGCCAGCGAAGAUGAUACUAUGUCGAAUGCCCGCAUCUCACGCCCAAAGAUAGGCAGUCGCAAGAGCAGCGGCACCAUGAUCGUGUCGCGCGACUCCGCCACCACCGUCGUGGAUCCCGAUUUCGACGAGAACGACGUCCGCACCAUGUCCCCGCGCCGAAACAGCGAAGAGGUCGACAAGCUGGGCGAGGAAGCCCGAAAGGACCUCAUCGAGCAGGCCAAGGUGUUACAGACCAGUCUGCAGGCCAUAGUCGAUCGAGUGGAGACGGUCAAGAGCGAGCAUGAAAAGCUCGAAGGGGGAAACAAAUUCCUGCAAUCGUGCGUCCGGAACACCCCCAUCACAUACCCGCUGAAACAUCCUGUGCUGAUCAUGUUGCAGAUACAUCGGAGAACUGAUGCAGACCUCCAAGAUCACGUCCACUGCGCCCGCGAAAUCGAAAGGCAAGGGCCGGAGCGGAAAAUAG